AUGUCCCUCCUCCGCAGCGGCCGGGCGGCCACCGUGCAGGUCCGUGGCUUUGCGUCCUCCUCCAGUUUUCGAGUCGGCCCCGAAUCUCCUCACUUUGUCGAUGUCCCAAGAGCCAUCCAGCCAUCUGCCCAGACCAAACCACGCGUCAAGGGUACUCUCCCGGUGCCUCGCGAGAUAUUCCCGGCUCGACGGCCGGACAAGGGGACAAAGCAGUAUAUCGAUGCCGCGACGCAGGCCCCAGCGACCGAGCGCGAAGUGAAGAACAGCAGCGACCCCGAGAAACAGGAAUUCAGACUGAAAAUGGCGGCGCUGCGACGAAAGAACCUCCGACAAGGUAUUCGGGAAUUGUACCAGCGAAAACGGGUGGCUGAUGAAAGGAUCACUGCCCGGAGUCAGGCCAGCCAAGCCCAACGCGAACGGGUCCUCUACCAGCCCGAGAGAGACGAUGAGCGGUUGACGCGGCCGUCCAUCGUCCAAGCGAUGCUGCAUGAAAAGAUGGCCGUCCUACCGGAUCCCAACCGAGAGGAGCGUUUGGCUCAAUCGAAAGCGCGCAUGGAGUCCAAGCUGGCUGAGAAGGAAAUGGAACGCCAGGAGAACUUGCAACACCUGUACAUGAAUGCGCGCAAGUUUAUCACCACAGAGGAGCAGCUCGACGCCGAAAUCGCCAAGGUAUUCCCUACCGGUUCCAACAAGGCGUGGAGCAAUGACCAUUCAGAGGGUGAAAGUAUCUGGAAUUUGGGUAACCCCCGGACUGUCGAGUCAAUUGUCAACGAAGGACGGAAGAGCGAGACCCAGCGCUGGGAUAUUCUCCAGGGCAGACUCAAAAAGAUUGGAGAGCAGAUCACUGGAGGCAAGCUUUGA